GAAAUAGUGAAGUAUAUAAGCCACCAAACCAGAACUCCUGCCGCCAAUUCUUUUUCUUUUCAAUUCUUCACAUUUUCUAAAUUUUCCUCUUUUCAGUUAACUUAUUUGAGCAAAUGAACACAGACACGGCUUCUUGAACGGGUCUGAACGAUAUCACAUGACAAAUGCUUGCCGUUUCACACUUUUUAAGGCUUUAAAUUUAGCAACAGGAGUGGUACGACAAUCACUAAGUUCUCGCUGCAAUUUGGCUUUCCAGUCCAAGUGCUCGUUAAGACAAGUUCACAUGGAAAGUAGCAAAAAAAGUGAUUCAAGGGGUGCCUUAAUUGUGUUAGAAGGUUUGGACCGUUGUGGAAAAACUUCUCAGUGCAGCAAAUUGAUUUCUUACCUAGAAGGGUCGGGACAUGCAGUUGAAUCAUGGAGAUUCCCUGAUAGAAACACAGGUGUCGGACAAAUGAUUUCUUCCUACCUAAUGAACGAAUCACAUUUGGACGAUCAUGCUAUUCAUCUGCUCUUCAGUGCAAAUCGUUGGGAAAAGAGAUCAUUGAUGGAGUCUAAGCUGAGAAGUGGGACCACACUCAUUAUUGAUCGCUAUGCUUUUUCCGGGGUUGCUUUCUCAUCUGCCAAAGGACUUGAUGUCGAGUGGUGCAAGGCUCCAGAAGCUGGAUUGCUAGCUCCAGAUCUAGUUCUGUACCUUGACAUAUCGCCAGAGAAAGCUGCUGAAAGAGGAGGUUACGGAGAUGAGAGGUAUGAGAAGCUCGAGUUUCAACAAAGAGUUGCUCAAUCAUAUAGGACUCUUUAUGAUGCCACAUGGAAGAUAGUAGAUGCAACCCGUUCAAUGGAAGAUGUCGAGGAACAAUUGAAACAAAUUGUUAUGGAAUGCGUGCUGAAAUGUCAAGAAGGGAAGCCUUUUACACAGCUGUGGCAAAAUUAAGUUAUUGUUAGUGUUGGACUGUAACUUAUAUGUGACGAAUUAAUGUGCCUAUAGUCCGAGGGGAACUGGUGAGUUGAGUUUGCAAUUCGGAGUUUUUUUAUUUGAACAAAAUUACUCCUG